AUGCCAUCCGCGAAGCCUGCUGCAGGCCACAGCAAGGAGGACAUGGACAGGAUCUACUACGAGUAUCUCCGACAGUCUAUCGAGGAGGAACGUGUCGUGGAAGACCAUCAUGCACCGCACCGCCGCGUCGUCCCCCUUCCCGACCUUCGCUUUGAACAAAGUUAUCUGCGACUUGUCGCGCCGUACGUGCGCGUCGAGCGCAAGUCGGCUGAGGAGCCGCUCCGUGACCGCAAGGGGAAGGGUAAAGCGGUAGAGGGUUGGCACGUAGAGGAUGAAGUUGCUGGAAGUACCGACGCGCCGAGUUCGCCUGGAGAAGUGAUCCAUAUACAGUGGGGUCCUGUUAUCUGGUACACAGCGCGAGAGCAAAUUAUCGGACCAUUCAUAUGGGGAAUAAUGGGUUAUUUCUAUUGGCCUAUAGCGUCGUCAUUCCGCACACGCAUUGGAAGCUGGUGGUCUCGCGGUACGUCCCGCACCACAGGUACCCCAAAGAUCGACGGAUAUGGAGUGAACUGGCUCAGAAACUGGAUAGCGAGCCUCAUAUCAGGGACGAAGAACAGCACACAUCACGUAGGCCUCUCACAAUGA